AUGUUUAAGUUUGCGUGUUUGUUUAUGUGUUUAUUUUCACACGCGUACACGUGGGGACGUGGUGACUUGGAGAAGUAUGGACCUUUUCAAAUCGCGUUACAUUCUAAUUUGAUAAAAUGUGAUCACGACAAAACGCUGAAUCUUGACGUCAGUGAAACCGACGUGUACUUCUACGAUUUGCCGAGAAACGAGGUCGAAACAUUCCACAUAAACGAUGCAGCCAAAGGAAUCCUUGCCUACAAGGAACUGGACAAAACUAAGAAAUUCAUCGUCUUCGUUGCCGGUUACAAAUCAAACAUAAACAAGAAGACCGAGGAACGUGUAAGAGACACGUUCAGAAACUAUCCGAACAGUUACUUAAUCAUUCUAGAUCAUUCUCCAUACACUAAUAACAGACAAGGUAACAUUAAGAGUUACGAGCGAUCUGUAAAAUACGUUCACUAUAUCGGUAAAGCUGUAGGAGAUAUGUUGACUGAAUUGGCUAAUAAUGGAAUAUCAGGCAAAAACAUACACUGUAUAGGACAUAGUUUAGGCGCGCAAGCCUUGGCACACACCGGUGAUACAUUCUUCAAAAAUACAGGCAAUAAAAUAGCAAGAAUUACAGCAUUAGAUCCUGCUGGACCUUGCUUCUCAAAUAGUUUAAUUGAAGAGCAAAUACGAUCUGGAGUAGCGGAAUACGUAGAGGUAUACCAUUGCAAUGCAGGGGGAUUAGGAACAACAAGUGUUUUGGGUGAUAUAGACUUCUUUAUAAAUAAAAAAGGUUCCACACAACCUCACUGCAGUACACCCUUGAUUCCUGGUAUAUUUGACUCCUCAAAAGCAGCGAAAUGUAAUCAUAGAGCUUGUAUUGAUAUUUGGACAUCCACUGUCAGUAAUCCUAAUUGGUUUUUGGCGUGGAAAUGUGACUCGUACAAAUUGUUCAAGAAUGGCUCUUGCGCAGCUAAUGAAGUAACUAUAGCCGGUUUCUGGAACCCUGGUAAUGCGACAGGAGUGUUUUAUUUCUCUACUGAUGGCUAUGAUAUUAAUUAA